AUGACAGAGAUAAUUCCUCACUCUCCUGAGAUCUCUACAAGACCUCCCUCAGCAUCUCAGCCAUCCAAUGUAGAGGAAGUGAAGUACUCUAAUGUAGAAAAAAUCAAGGACUCUUACCAAGAGGAACCUGAGAUCACCCCAAGCAACAUGCACAAGGUAGCUGCUGAGGUAGUUGGGACAUACAUACUUAUAUUCAUUGGCUGUGGAUCGUCAUUUAUAGACCAAAAAUACAAUAUUACACUGGUUGGUGUAGCAUUAGCAUGGUGUUUCGCAGUAAUGGCUCUAGUAUACACACUUGGGCACAUAUCAGGAGCCCAUGUCAAUCCAGCAGUCACCAUUGCCUUCGCCACAGCCGGCCGAUUCCCUUGGAAACAGGUCCCUCUGUAUGUGGUAGCUCAAAUGCUGGGUUCUAUCCUUGCAAGCAUCACUCUAAGAUGGCUGUUCGACGGCAAUCCUGCAGUUGUGAUGCUAACACUUCCUGAUAAGUCGACGAAUGAUCUCAACGUUGUUGCAUGGGAGAUUAUCAUCACGUUCAUCUUGAUGUUUGUUAUAUCUGGUGCUGCCACUGAUGACAGAGGGAUAAAGGAGCUCUCUGGAGUUGCAAUAGGUGUGACCAUCUUCUUUAACGUCCUCAUAGCUGGGAAAGUAACUGGGGCUUCCAUGAACCCUGCAAGGAGCUUAGGACCAGCCUUUGCAACAAAAAACUUUCACAAGCUCUUGCUAUACAUAGUAGCACCAGUGAUUGGGGCAGUUGCAGGAUCUACUGUGUACAAUCUCCUACGCUUGCCUGAAAACCCUACGAUAAAGAUCGUCACAAGUAAUUUUGACAAGAUCGACAGCCAGUUCGAGCCCACAUACUCAGCUCUCUGGGAACAGAACAAGAUUCUGUUAGAUGGAAAUGGACGAAAGUUGAAUGCAAGAAUAUCAGAUGAAAGUGUUUGGAGUACUAAGGUGUUUGCAUCUAAAUUAGGUGUCUUCUACCAAAUUAGUCAUCUUGCCGAGAACCCAAUGCAAGGGUGGGUUGUACUUGUUAUGGUGCUUAAAUAG